GUACAAGAACCCUUGGCAUUGCACAAAAUCGCCCCCUCCAAAAAAGCCAUGAGCUGAGCUUACAAGCUGGAAGGCCAAAAUCGUCAUUUCGUCAUCUACCAACCUUCCAUCGUCGUCUCCAUCUCCGACACACAAGAACACAGGCAAGAAGCAGCAGCCGGGCCCGGCUGCGCGCGGCGCCACGCAAUGGCGUACCAGGUGCUGGAGGUGACGCUGAUCUCGGCCAAGGACCUGAAGCGGGUCACGUUCUUCACCAAGAUGCGCGUGUACGCCGUGGCGUCCAUCUCCGGCGGCGACCCGCGGCUGCCGACGCACCGGACGUACGCCGACCGCGAAGGGGGACGGAACCCGAUGUGGCACGCCCCGCUGCGGUUCACCAUCCCUCCCGCCGCCGACCCGCGCGGCCUCGCCCUGCACGUGCUGCUCCGCGCCGAGCGCGCCUUCGGCGACCGCGACGUCGGCGAGGUGGUCGUGCCCAUGCAGGACCUCGCCGCCGCCGCCUCGCCCGAGGGCGCCGCCACUAACGGCAACGCCAACGCCAACGCCGAGCAGAGGCACCUCAGCUACGAGGUGCGCCGCCCCGUCAGCGGACGCAAGCGCGGCGUGCUCCACAUCUCCUACAGGCUCUCCGACGCGCCGGCGCCGGACGCCCACGCCAACCACCCGUACGCGCACCACGCCCCGCCGGCGUCGUCCAAGCGGCACCACGGCAAGGGCGCCAACGCCGCCAUCACCGCGUACCCGGUGGCGGCCCCGGGCGGCAGCGCGCGGCAGUACCCGCCGUACCACCAGCCGUACGGUCCUGGACCUGGAGCUCCCUACGGCGGCCCCGCCGGAGCGUACCCGCAGCACCACCACCAGUACGGGUACGGCGCGUAUGGCUACGGCGCCGCGCCGCACGGUGCGGUGCCGUACAGGUACGCGGGCCACGGCGCGGCGCCGGCGGCGAGGUCCGGCGGAGGGCUGGGCUCGGCGGCGGGGCUCGGGCUCGGCCUCCUCGGCGGGUUGAUGAUCGGCGACAUGAUCGGCGACGCCGAGGUGGACGCGGCGUACGACGGCGGGUUCAUGGACGGCAUGGGCUUCUGAUUCUCUGUGAUGCAGUCGUCGCUCAAUAAUUCGACCAGAAUGAAACGCGCGGCACGGGCACGGCGGCGGGCGCCAUUGACGUCAAACUCGAUCAAACACACCUGCUUGUUGCAUGGCUGUCCUGCAUUCUGAAUCUGCAUGGUUCCGAUGAUUAAUUGCACUUUUAUCUCGUUAAUUAGUUAACAAUCCUAGGUACCUAAUUCGGGAUGACUUUUUCACGACAAUCUGUGGUUAAUCUUGUUGCUUA